UCAGUUACUCUAGAAGAUCUAAAGCAGUCAACAACAUGAAGUGCUUGAUAGUUCUGGUUGUACUGGUUUGCUCUAUCUACGGCUCAACUGAUGUUCAAGUAUCAGCUCAUGACCCUAAGACUGGACUCCCCUACUCCUACUCCAUCACUACUCUAGACACUGCUGCUCCUAUUCCAGGCAGCCAGGUCCCUGAACAACUUCAACCAGUUUCUCCAUUUAAGAAUAACAUUCUCCCUCUAACCAACCUUCCCUACAAUGGUUACCCCUACAAUACUCAAACUUACAAUGCUGUUCCUUACAAUGGUGUUCCUUACAAUGCUAUUCCUUACAAUGGAAUACCCUUUAAUCAUCUUCCUUACAGCGCAGCACCCUACGGUUACAAUAACUUGAAUCCCUAUUCAUACUCUGCUUACAACCCAACUGCAUUCAAUCGAGGAGCCUACAACCCAUACUACUUGGGAUACAACCCGGUCGGAUACAAAAUCAGCAACCAAGAGGAGCCAUUAGCUGAAGCUAAUUAGAGCAAUUUCAACUGUAAAAUGAUAAAUAUAAUUUCGAUAUAACAUUUAUAUAUGUGCUAGCACAGUCUUUACUGGGUUCCGGAACACCCAAUGAAAUAAAACCAUUUCAUCUUAUCAGUAUAAUCCAUUGCACUUAAUUAUAUCCUUCUGAAGAUGUGUUGUGUUUAUCAAUGAAUGCAUUAUUAAUGUGGUUUUAAAUGCAUCUUUUUUCUCUUCGUUGAAAUAAAUAUAAAAUGAGA